AUGUUACCAUUCGUUGUUGCAAAGACACUAGAGACAACAAUAGGUACAAGAUACAAUGCAAAAAAGCUGAGCACUGGUGAUUUACAAGUUCAGAUUGAGACAAAGGAGCAGAGUCUUGCACUUAUUUCACUAAGGACCACUGACGGCAUUGCCGUGACCACUUCUCCACAGAGAACCCUCAAUACAAUCAAGGGCGUCAUUUCGGAAGAUCAGUUGCUCUCGUGCACUGAGCAGGAACUUGAAGAGGGCCUGAAGGAGCAGGGUGUCAUUUCAGCAAAGAGAAUAUCGAUGAAAAGGGACGGAGAAAUGAUUCCAACAACGCACAUUGUACUAUGUUUUCAACUUCACAGUCUUCCAACAACCAUAAAGGCCGGAUAUGUAAGCUGCCACGUCAGAGCAUAUAUCCCCAACCCCAGACGCUGUUACAAGUGCCAGCGGUUUGGCCACGGUUCACAGGUGUGCCGUGGGCAGGCUGUCUGUGCAAAGUGUCCUGGUAAGGAUCACUUUUCCGAGACCUGUUCUACUAAUGUACGAUACACAAACUGUGAGGGUAGCCACCCAGCGUAUUCCAGAUCCUGUCCUUUCUGUAAGGAAGAAAAACAAGUACUCAAAAUAAAGACAGAACAGAACAUUACAUACCGAGCGGGACAGUUAGAGUUCCAGAGGAAAGGAACUUUCUCUGAGGUGGCGCGCAGGGGAGUGGCACCACUCAGAGUCUCAGUGGAGACCCAGACCUCUGGGCCUCCACUCCACACUCCCCAGCACAAAGAGGUCACUGAGGUUUGUUCUUCAGUGACCACACAACAAAACAGCCAGGGGGAGACUGCCGGAGCCUCUGAGGAGGUGUCCGCAACCCCCUCCAUUUGGGACGGGCUUUCAAAGCACCCGUCUCAAAAUGCGACACAGAGUAUGGAUGUUGAUGACAACGACUGCUCAUCGCAGAAGUCGUCAUCAAGUUUACCAGGGUCCACUCCUAGUAAAGAGCAGAGAGGAAACAAGAAUGGUGGAAGAGGGUCUGAGAGUCAUGACCAGAAUUCAGGGACACCUCCUUUGAUGCAGGUUCUGCCUGAUAGCAGAAGAGCAUGCAGGAAAGCCAACUUGAAAGAAAAGUAUGAGACGAAGGACAAAGACUAUGCAACACUGGAAGAUGGUACAUUAACAUUUGUCGUAUGA